ACUCUGGCGGUGAACAUGAAGCAGGCAACCUGACCACUCUACCCAUCGUGUCCUGGAAGUGGGAACACGUCUCUCAGCCGUACCUGGUGGCCCUGUGGAUCCUCGUCUCCUGGCUCUGCAAACUGGGUGAGUCCAGACUAGACUGUAAGAAAGUCAUUUAGAAAUAGUUUGUAAUGGUAUUGAUGAGAACUUGGCAUAAUUAGCGUUUAUCAGCAAUUUGGUGCCAUUUAAAAGAUUAUAACAACACAAAUGUGUAUAUGACCAGUGGUAAAAAGUCUUCCAUACAAAUACUAACUAAUACACAAUAAGGUACUGUAUCUGCUGUGAAAGUUGUGGUUUGGCCUCUCUACAACUAAUACAGCCAGACGUGUCUGAGCCAUAGUUGAAUUCAUGUGUCAGCUACUAUCAAAUUAGCCAAGUCUGGUUUCCUCUAUUUUUUUUCUGUGUGGCCACAAAUAGCUCAGUAAGGAUGGUAACUCAUCAGAAGGCGUCUUUAAUGUGGGACACAAACAUAAAGAUGAUCAGUAACAUGCUGAUGACUGCUCUUCAUCAGGGGCUUUACCCCUGAUCGAUGUGUGACCAGACGAAGCCAGCAAUUCUUAGGCUGCUUUCAGUACAAACACCAGUGUUUGUACUGAAAAUAAGGUGUCAAAAGAAUAUUAGUGAAAACAGAACGUUAUCGACACUAUUAGUGUGCUUCACUAGCUGCCGACAUUUGACUUUGGUUUUUGCCAGAUGACAAGGUUGAACAUGGGUUAAUGUUCAAAAACAUUUUUAACAUUUUUAUUGCUUCCAUUAAAAGCAACAGAUAAAACAUCAUCAACAAUCAACCAAUCCUACAAUCAACAGCUCACGGUGCACAGUAAAAAUAGUUUGAACAAAAAUAUGGGACAGAACAAAGGUUGUGCAGAGUGUAAACAUUUGUACAUGUCUGGUGUUGUAAAGAUGUUAGGACUGUAAAUGUUUUAUUGUCCCUGUGUAUGUCUGGCAUAAAUGAUGGACAUCUGACCUAUUUGUUAAAAGUUACACUUCUGGUGGAUUUGAAUAACAACAGUAGAAGUAAGUGCACAUGAACCAACAAACAAAUCUGAGGGCUCUCUGGUUUUCAGGACCUUUCUUCCCACUUUUUAGCAAUAAAAUGGCCUCUGAACACUGACUACAGUAAAACUGGAUUUAUUACAUAUGUCAAGUGCAGUUCAGUUUUAAAAUGUUUAUCCUCAGGUAUUACAUUCAUUGGGAACAUUUAACUCAUUUCUGCACUCAUAAAAUUCUUGUGAUGUCCUGAAGAAUUUAGCGUGAGGUCACAAAUGACACAUUUUAAAAUAUAUUUAUGGCAGCUUGGUUUGACAAACUACACCACAACAAUGUUUAACCUAACCUCCCAGUCUAAAAAUAACCUUUAUCUGCUUUUGUGUUGCGCACAGAGCUGUGCAAUGAUUGAACAGGUGAAGUUAAAGCGCAGCUACUGUUCAGAAAGUUUUCUCAGGUUAUUAGUUAAUAGGGCUGAACGCAGACAUCAUUGCUUCACUGUGCAGCCGUCCAGACCAGAAUCUUACAUAACUUAAUCAUGUUUUUUGAGCAUUAUUCAUAUGUCCAAAACUGUAUUAGAAGUAAGCGGCCCCACACAUAACAACUCAACAAUUCAUUGGACAGAUAAGUUACCUACGUUUGUCUUACAGCUCCAUCAACAAGCGAUAACUCUAUGAAGUCAUUUCUAACUUCAGUGAUGAGAUUGUGUUAAAAUAAUAAUUACUCAUUUGUCUUGUGCCUUCUUUAACAUAUUAGUCAGUUCCAUGCAUCAGGAAUAUUCCAAUAAGGCAAGCAAAAACGUGUUUUAGCUGUAGUUCUAAGGAGGAAACCAGAUAAACCCACAAACACAUCAGAAGGUACUGAUAAUGUUACAUACGUCAAAAACAACCCUGACACAUUUAGUAACUAACAUACAUUAACUUUGCUGCCAGAUCAUGUCGAACCAGUUAUAUUUAUAUAGCACCUUUCAUACACAAUGGCUUCACAUCAGCAUAAAAGCAUUCGGAUCAAUACUGUGAACUAGGUGCACUUUUCCAUCUUGAGCUUUUACAGUGUGCUGAACACAAUCAUCCAUCAUUGAACCUGUAGAAAAUCUCCCAGAAGGACGUUAAAGGACAACGAUGCCACAUGUACGGAGCGCAGGUUGUCAAAAAGCUCGUAAGAAACCACCUCAACCGUACUGCAACAUUAAAUUCACUGCUUUGCUGCUGAUACUCCUGUGAGUAGGAAGGUGCAGGCAUGCGUGACAUGCAGGCAGUAGAACAUCAAGCAAACUGCCUGUAGUGUGACGAAAGAAAAUACACCGUGUGCUACCUUUGGUUAUUUACGCUUAUGCUGGAGCGAAGCUCUUCUCUCACACCCAGAGGUUCUAUAACCAAGGUUAACAUCUGUGUCAAUCAUUGCUAAACACAAUGAAAGCUGUGGAAAUAUUACCAAGCACAGACGCAGCUGCUGAUUUAACAUGGAUCAAGUGACGUCCGCUCAUCAUCAUGCACUCACACACACACACACACACACACACACACACACACACACACACACACACACACAUACACACACACACACACACACACACACACACACGCGCGCCCGGAAGUAAAGACAUGUUUCAAACAUGACUUAAUAACUUCGAGCGUGUCCUGCACAUCCGUUACUCCCCUUUACGCCUCCGUUAAACCAAGCCCGGUUAUUUCAUUUACAUAUUAAAGGCUGAGUCCAGCAUUCGUGCACGCUGCUGACCACAAGGUUCGGGAGGACUGAGACCGAAAGAUGGAGCACUAGAGUAGCAAGAGGAGUAAAAAGACCACGUAAAGACAUAAAGAGAGGUGUGACACCGCCCGGGUGUUCGUGACUUCUUAUCUCCUGAGCAUAACACACUACACAAGCAAAGACAAAGCAGCUUCUGGACCGUGACUGCUCAUAAUUGAAUCAAAUGUACCGCUGUGGACGCGUACUCCUCUGGCUGCUGGGAUCAGUGCUGCUGACCCGUCCAGCCUGGGGGGCGCCUGGUGAGGAGGCGCUCACUCAAGAAGCCCACCUGAAGCUUCCCGAGAGCAAAUCCAGCCUGAGUCGGCCUGAAAAUGGAUCCACGGCUGCAGGAAAGCCCCUCAUGGCCAUCAAGUGGCACCAUGUACAGAGCCCCUUCAUAGUUGUGCUGUGGAUAUUUGUGGCCGGUCUGGCUAAACUGGUCAUCGAGGCCAACCACCACGUGACCAGCGUGAUCCCGGAGAGCGCCCUGCUCAUCUGCUUCGGCUUCCUGCUGGGCGGCGUGGUGCUGGGCGCCGACGGCGUGCAGACGUUCAAGCUCACGCCCACGGUGUUCUUCUUCUACCUGCUGCCCCAGAUCAUCCUGGACACGGGCUACUCCAUGCCAAACAAGCUCUUCUUCAGCAACCUGGGCGGGAUCCUGGUUUACGCCGUGAUUGGGACCUGCUGGAACGCCGCCACGCUGGGGCUGUCUCUCUGGGGCUGCGACAAGGGAGGCGCCAUGGGUGAGGUGCACAUCGGCCUGCUGCAGUACCUGCUGUUCGGCAGCCUCAUCGCCGCCGUGGACCCCGUCGCCGUCAUCGCCGUGUUUGAGCAGGUGCACGUCAACGAGGUCCUCUUCAUCAUGGUGUUCGGAGAGUCGCUGCUCAACGACGGCGUGACCGUGGUGCUCUUCAACGUAUUUGAUGCCUUUGUUACACUGGGAGGAGAAAACAUUAACGCUGCAGAAAUUUUUAAAGGAAUAUUCUCCUUCUUCGUGGUGGCCUUCGGCGGCUCUCUCGUUGGCUUCGUGUUUGGGAUUCUGAUCUCUCUUCUGACCAGAUGCACCAAAAACAUCCAGAUUAUUGAGGCCGGCUUCGUCUUCGUGCUGGGAUACCUCUCCUACCUGACGGCUGAGAUGCUCUCCCUGUCUGCCAUCCUCUCCAUCGUCUUCUGUGGCAUUUGCUGCCAGAAAUACAUAAAUGCAAACAUGGACCCGGACUCUGUCAGCACAGUCCGACACGCCAUGAAGGUUUUCGCCAACGGGUCUGAAACCAUCAUCUUCGUGUUCCUCGGUAUCUCGGCCAUCGACAAGUCGAUCUGGGUGUGGAACACAGGCUUCAUCCUCCUCACGCUUCUCUUUGUCAUAGUUUACAGAUUCAUUGGGACAUUCUUACUGACCUGGAUCCUGAACCGGUACAGGCUGGUCCCUAUUGGGUUCAUAGACCAGGUGAUUAUGAGCUACGGUGGCCUGCGAGGGGCCGUCGCGUACGGUUUGGCAGUGUUGCUGGAUGAGAGUAAGAUAAAGGAGAAGAACCUGAUGAUCAGCACCACCAUCAUCGUAGUUUACUUCACUGUCAUUUUUCAGGGAAUUACGAUGAAACCUCUGGUCACUUGGCUAAAUGUAAAAAAAGCUUCUGUAUCUGAGAAAACACUUAUAGAAAAAGUACAAAACAAGGUGUUUGAUCAUAUGCUGGUUGCCAUAGAAGACAUAUCUGGACAGAUAGGACACAACUACUUCAGGGACAAGUGGAACAAGUUUGAGGAGAAGUGGAUGAUGGGGCUUUUGAUGAAGUCGUCGGUGCGGAAGGAACAGGAGCCGAUCUUCAGUGUCUUCCACAGGCUGAACAUGAAGGACGCCAUGAGUUACGUGACUGAGGGCGAACGCAAAGGCUCGCUGGAGUUUAUCCGCAACGACAAUGCAUUAGUUGACUUCAAGAACAAGUUUGGUGAUGACUUCUCAGAGAUCAUGUCUGACUUCAUGGUGUCAAACAAAUAUGAUACGCUGACCAAUACGAGAGAUCCUGUGCCAUCUGUGAGCUUGGAAAUUCAUGAGCAGACCAUGAAAGACAAUAAGGGAACUGAGAACUUUAACAGUCACCAUCUGCUGGAGCAGAAUCUGUACAGAGGCAGGAAAGAGCACCGACACAGGUACAGCCGCAGCCAUUUUGAUGUGAACACCGAUGAAAACGAGGUGCAGGAGAUCUUCCAGAGGACCAUGAGGAAUCGAUUGGAGUCCUUCAAAUCAGCGAAGACGGGCGUCACUCCACAAACCCAACAGAAGGACCAACAGCACAAGAUGCCAAAUGGAAAAUCCCCAGACCAAAUCAGAAGCUACUACUCUGGAGACGAAGACUUUGAGUUCUGUGAGGCAGACAGCGCCAGUGGCUAUGACGCUUCAGGCAGCUCGAUCCCAAUGAGGACCACCAACAGAACCAGAGCUGGAAUCGAGAACCCGGCGUUCAUGCCGGACAUUGACCCCAGAGCUCCUCUAGAGAUCCCACCGUGGUUGGCGGACGUGGACCCCGACAGCGUCAUGGCGGCUCCUUCACAGCGAGGCCCGGUGAGGCUGCAUCGCCCGGCUGCUGCACACGUCAGCGCUCGACCCACCGACUCCACACAGCAGAGCGAUGAGCAGCUGCCAACAUCUGCACCACCACCUUAUGACAGACACAGGGGCCUGUAACCCUGCUGCCAUGGACACAGAAGCCAGCCUCAGACUCUGGAGGCAGAAUAGAAGUAGUCGACACAGCUUCUCUUAUUGUUGCUCUAUUGCAGUUACUUAGCGAAGCAAAGCUGCAUGAAGGAUGAAUGUGAUGUCUGAUAUUUAUUGUUUGUAUAUAUAAAUUAUAAAAAGGGGCAUUUGAUUAGAGGGACAUGAAAUCAGUUCUGAAUUUAUAAUUGGAAUAUUUUUGUGUUCUACUGUAAAUAAAGGGACGUCCAGCUUGAA